AUGUACGCAGCUAUCAGAUCGAAAGAUCUCAGCGGACCAAACUCGGACGCAGUUGGCCUUGCUUCAACGAAGGUCGGCCUUGGCGCCAAAUCACCCGAGCUUAUGCCAACCCAGCCCGAUGUCACCGUGGCUAUCUAUGGCGCAAAAGAGCGUGGCCACCAGGCCAGUAAGAGGUGGCUACUGUGGAUCUCCCAGCUGGGCGAGGCUUGCGGCUUGUGUGGCUGCCAGUCAAGCACUGCAUUCAGCUCAAGACCGAGAACCUUGAUGCGUCUUUUGUUUUUCGCCCCCUUCAUUCCCUGA